ACCUGACUUUCCCUGAAAAGUAAUCAUAUUUUUAAAAGCAACAGCCAUGUUGUUGGAAAUUGGUUUGUUAAUUGGUUGUAAAAAAACAAUACAUCCGCGAGUAGUCAUAACAAAAUCGUUUCUUGUCUCGAAGGAUCAAUAUUAUCACCUAUUGGCAGCUGAUUCAAUGCAGACGGAGAACAGCGCCCUCUGCUGUAUAAAAACCGACACGAGUCGCCUGUGGAAACGUCAUCAUAUGGCGACAACAUUUUUAUUCUAAUUAUUUUCAUCGGAAAUAAAGCCCCAUAUGUGUUCAUUAUAUUCAGGAACGUGAGCUUCUACAUAUAAGAAACUCAUUUGACUAGCAAGCUUUAUCUUAAAAUAGUAAUUUUCUAUUAUCCAUAGGUUAUCCAAAAGAAAGAAAGACCGGAAGUCAACCCUUCGUUUGUAAACACAUGGCUUGUAGUCGUGUCUGAUGCUCAAUUAUGCCAAAACUCUUUGACAUAAAGUUUCCAGGAGAAUGUAAGACUCUUCCCGAAGGCUUUUGGUCGGCCGUGGACGUGUGGAUAAAGAAACCUCACGUCGUAAACAAGCGUCUUUGCGGAACGAAGGAGACGGAGAGCAAAGAUGUGGGCGAGGAGGCUCUGCUCUUCCUGCUGGAUGACCCCGAGCUCCUCCGCGAGGUGCUUUCCUUCAUCACCAGCAAGGUCCCACCGGCUCAGGGGCACGAAAAGGAAAGCCCCUGGUCUUCUACUGUCAGGACCGUCAUUCCCAAAGUAAACAGUUACGGGACCAAUCUGCACAAAGAGGUCGUACUCAAAGACUUUGGCAGACAAGUCGUGACCUUUCUUCCAUUUGAAGAGGAUUCAGAAGGACGGGUGUCUCUGAAGAGGGGCAACAUUUACCAGUUCCAGCUCCUCCACCGGGACUGUGAGGGAUGGGCCCUGGAGCUGCACGCUUUGGCUCCGGACGAGUGGCUCUCUGACGGCGUGGUCUACCCGAAGCUGCCCUGGCUCUCCGCCGACCUGCUGCCCAAACUGGUGCGCUGGGCCACCGAGUGGAAGACCAGCGAGUUCAAGAGCACCUUGUCCCUGCUGCCGGUGGAGAAGUACAGCGUUAUGUACCAGCAGCUGAAGGAGAAGUACAAGGCCAUGGUGAAGAUUUGGCCCGAGGUUACAGAUCCCGAGAAAUUUGUCUAUGAGGAUGUUGCCAUUGCUACAUAUCUCCUUGUGCUGUGGGCCGAGGAGCGAGCGGAGAAAGGUCUGACCGGCAGACAGUCCUUUGUGGACCUGGGAUGUGGAAACGGGCUCCUGGUUCACAUUCUGGCCGGGGAAGGGCAUCCCGGCAGAGGCAUCGACGUUCGCAGGAGGAAGAUCUGGGACAUGUACGGCCCCCAGACUCUGCUGGAGGAAAAGGCAAUUACUCCCAGCGAGCGCUUCUUAUUCCCGGGCGCAGACUGGCUGAUUGGGAACCACUCGGACGAGCUCACACCGUGGAUUCCUGUCAUAGCUGCCAGGUCCUCUUACUCCUGCCGCUACUUCGUCCUCCCCUGCUGCUUCUUCGACUUCAACGCAAAGUACCAGAGACGCCAGUGUAAGAAGUCUCAGUACAAAGAAUACAUUGACUUCAUCGCGGAGGUGAGCCAAGUCAGUGGCUUCGACACGGAGGAGGACUGCCUGAGAAUACCGUCCACCAAGCGGGUGUGUCUGGUGGGGAAGUCGAGGAACUACCAGCCGUCCGAGGACGCCGAGGCGGAGCGGCGGAGAGCUCGCUACAUUCAGAGCCGCCGGGCCGCCCCCGGGGACGACGGGGGCGGUUGCCAGGGAAACGGAGAAGCCGACGGGGACCCCGGCGGCGGCGGCGGCGGCGGCGGUUGUUGGGGGGCGGGCUUCCGGCCCAGAGAGAGGGUCGAAGCGGUUCGGAACUGCGCCGCUCUGCCGCGGGACUUUGUGGACGGCGUGGUGCUGCAGGUGGCCAACGUCCUCCUGGGGAUGGCUGAAGACGACCCCGGUGCGACCCCCACCGGAUGGAAUCAAGGAGGCAGCCUCUCUGUGAGCGAGGUCGCCGGGCUGUUGGUGCAGGAAACCCUGCAGCUGCUGAAGAAGGAGUGCGGAGGCCUCCAGACGCUGCUCAAGAACAACCACCAGGUCUUCAGAGAAGGAGGGAGGGUGUACAUACGAGACUGGCGGGACGCGGCGGCCCGCGGGGCGGACACCAGGAGGAGGCCCGUCGUCUCCGGGGCGCUGAAGACGCGCCACUGCUGGUUCUACGACCACCACCCUCAGCGCUGCCCCCUGCAGGUCGAGCGCUGCGCUUUCGCCCACGGGCCGGACGACCUCCGACCCUCCACCCGGCCGCUGAAGAAGAUGAGGAAGGACGCCUCUUGAACACUUGAUUUGAACGCCUUUUAUUUAUCUGAUUUUUGAAGUUGAGCAUCUACUAAUCUUCUUUUGUCUUUAUUUUUUUUAUUUUUUAUAGAAUUGUACACAUAGAUUAUCUUUAUUUCAAAUUUUCUAAGUUAGCAAUUCUUUAUUGGACUUUUUUCUUCUUUUUCCUGUCCGGACAUUUUUUUUUUUUUUAAACUUUCCCUUCCCACCGCAGCCAAACUUUUAAAAAACAGCCCCAUGUGCAUCACUGGGACACUUCAUCCAGCUGGGACAGGUGCUCUGAGGUUCACAGACAGGGCGGGGGGAGGGGGGGCGUUUGAACACAGUAAAUGUUAUCGGUAUGAAUAAUUUGUUAGCAGCAGACUGGGGGGGUGAGCUGCUGUGCCUUUGGCUCAAAUGUCAAAAACCAGCAAAGCCCCCCCCCCCUCCCCCCCUUGGGACUGCACCUGUCUCAGGUGGUUUAAAAUGAGCCGUUUUUCCUGACGUUACGCGACGAGACGUUUUGCCCUUUGUAGCCGCUAAGCUGAAAGGGGCAACUUCGCCCAAAUGACGAGAAACAACAACAACAACAACAACAACAAAGCUCCUUCAAUGGGAGUCAUCAUUUUGACUUGUCAACUUGAGAUGGUGUAUUUUGACUCAUUUUCUUCCUUUUGACGUAGUGUCUCACAAUUUUGACUAAAACACGACGGCAUAUUUUGACGUCUCAGAUUCAGCAUCUCAUCAUUUUGUCAAAUAAACAAACAAUGAACAGAUAAAGUA